AUGGGUGAAAAUGCGACAGAGGGGCCUCACAUCCCGUGGCUCUUUCAAUUGGGACAGGAAGAUUCAAACUGGGUCAUGACUUCUUCCUUCAUCAUUCUCACAAUGCAAACAGGUUUCGGUCUCCUCGAAUCGGGCUGUGUGUCAUUGAAAAACGGCGUCAACAUCAUGAUGAAGAACGUGGUCGACGUCGUUUUCGGCGGCCUCACUUACUGGGCCUUCGGGUUUGGCCUCAGUUUCGGCCGAAGUCCCCUAAACACCCCUUUUUACGCGCUCGGGGACUUUUUUCUCGAUCCUGAUUUUGAGGACGAACUAAUGGGGCCAAUGUUUGCCGCCUUCCUCUUCCAGUUGUCUUUCGCCACGACCGCAACUACAAUCGUAUCUGGAGCAAUGGCAGAAAGGUGCAAUUUCAAAGCAUAUUGCCUCUUUUCACUUAUCAACACCGUAGUCUACUGCAUCCCAGCGGGCUGGGUUUGGGGCGAACAUGGAUUUUUGUACAAUAUGGGAGUUGUGGACAUCGCCGGUUCAGGUCCUGUGCAUCUUGUUGGCGGAGUUUCAGCUUUUACAGCAGCUUUGAUGCUGGGGCCUCGAUUGGGUCGUUACUUGAAUGGAAAUGAUGCCUUGCCCCUUGGGAGCCCUGUGAAUGCUGUGAUGGGACUCUUCGUCCUCUGGUGGGGCUGGUUGGCUUUCAACUCUGGCAGCACGUAUGGAGUGACAGGUGCUAAAUGGCAAUACGCUGCCACUGCUGCUGUCCUCACCCUUCUGGCCUCCUUCGGUGGAGGCACCGUCGGCCUCCUGUACUCCACUUUGACCCGAGAAGGCCACUUUAAUAUCAUGGACCUGAUCAACGGGGUACUCGGCGCCCUCGUCUCAAUCACAGCCGGCUGCUUCCUCUACCGCACCUACGAGGCUGUGCUGAUUGGCGCCAUAGGUGCGGUCAUAGCGUGCACCACUGCGCCCUUCUUUGACAAAAUCGGGGUUGACGACCCCGUGGGUGCCAGCUCGGUGCACGGCCUGGCGGCAAUGUGGGGCGUUCUGGCCAUAGGACUUUUUGCUGAAGACCCGAAGCCCCUCACCACGACUAACGGCCGAAAAGGACUUUUCAAAGGAGGCGGGUUUGAAUUGCUUGGAAUUCAGGCUAUGAGCGUUGUUAGCCUGACUGUUUGGGCCAUGGUCAGCACAGCAAUAAUUUUAAUAUGCGUAAACUGGAUGAUUCCAAUAAGAAUGACCGAAAUAGAGGAGCUCCUAGGCGCCGACUACAGCGAGCAUAGAAUUAUGCAAGGUGGACACAUUGGAGUGAGCAGGGCAGUUUCUGCUCUGAGGCCAUAUCACGACAUGGAUGAAAUCGGAAGAACCGGAACUAAUCCAGGGCACAAUGCAUAUCUUGAAUUGUACAUCAAGGAGAGACGGAUUGAAUCUGAUAAUAAGAAAGAAGAAGUGAAAGUAAACAUGUCCCAACCUUUCAAGAAGACGUCAGCAAGGCACAUAAAAAACCCUCUGAACCUUCGGAGGCCUGAGUCAGCCCUAUCGUCCAUGCGCAACCACAACAACGAGGCUCGGAGAAACGAGCAAAAUGAAAACGAACCUGCUGGAACAUUUUCGACCAUCCCCACUAUUUCUGUAAACAACGAUUACUACCCCAGAUACGCCUGGCUUGAUUGA